AUGGCGUCUCCACAGUCUAAACUCACAGCGGCGAUUCUCAUAAUUUCGGAAACCGCUUCCAAAGAUCCCUCGACUGAUAAAUGCAUCCCCGCCCUCUCGCAAGUAUUCUCCGACCUCGGCUCCUCCAACUGGCACAUCUCCACCACAUCAAUCAUCCCGGACUCCAUCUCUGCAAUUCAACUCGCCAUCCUCAAAGCUUGCGAUGAAGGAGUAAAUCUCAUCAUCACCUCUGGAGGCACUGGUUUCGCAGUCAAAGAUGUCACUCCCGAGGCCGUGGGCCCACUGAUUGAAAAGCAAGCGCCCGGGUUGGUGCACGGUAUGUUGGCGAGUAGUCUGCAAGUCACGCCUUUUGCAGUCAUGAGUAGACCUGUUGCGGGCGUUAGAGGAAGCACUUUGAUCAUUACGCUGCCGGGCAGUCCUAAAGGUGCAAAGGAGAAUUUGGAGGCGGUGUUUAAGUUGCUGAGUCAUGCUUGUUUGCAGGCGAGCGGUGGUGAUUCGAGACAGAUGCAUCAGGGUGGUGUGAAGAAAUUGGAGAAGGAGGCGGGAGUUGGUGGUGGUGAGACGACUGGUGGUGAGAAGGCUAGUGGUCACAAGCAGGCACAUCAUCAUGGUCAUGGAUGUGGUCGUGACCAUGGACAUGGAGGGCAUCAUGGUCCUAAAGCUCACACUGCACCUGAAGACCGACCGCAGCAAUCUAAUGAUCCGUCUCAAGGACCUAGUAGGAGACACAGACACUCUCCUUACCCCAUGCUCUCGGUCGCCGACGCUCUCCAGCAGAUUGAUGCUCACACGCCUUCACCAACUAUUGUCACUCUUCCAGUCAACGAAACUCUAGUCGGUCACGUUCUAGCUGAGGACAUUACGGCCCCAGAAUCCGUCCCUGCCUUCCGCGCCAGCAUCGUAGAUGGCUACGCCGUCAUCGCCGGAGCAGACGCUCCCAGCACAAAAGGAACAUUCCCCGUCGCCAUGAUCUCUCACGCUCAAGCUGGAGAACACCAAGAAUUACAAAAAGGACAGAUCGCUAGAAUCACCACUGGAGCUCCUCUACCUCCCGGUGCAACCAGCGUCGUCAUGGUCGAAGACACUCUUCUUGUCUCCAAGACCGAUGAUGGAACUGAAGAAAAAGAAGUUGAAAUCUUGACCGGGGAUAUCCAAGUUGGAGAAAACGUCAGGGAAGUAGGCUCGGAUGUUCAAGCCGGCGAUGUCAUUAUGCGCAAAGGCGAAGGCAUUUCUGCUGUUGGCGGUGAGUUUGGCUUGCUGGCUUCAGUCGGCGUCAAGCAAGUGUCUGUGUACAAGAAACCCGUCGUGGGAGUCUUGAGCACCGGAGACGAAAUCGUGAAUCAUGAUCGUGAGGGAGAACUUCGAAGAGGAGAAGUCAGGGAUACCAAUCGUCCUACCCUUCUCACCGCCAUCCGUGGCUCAGACUUCGAAGCCGUGGACUUGGGUAUUGUAUCCGACAAACCCGGCGCCCUCGAACAAACCCUCCGCGACGCAACCCGUAAAGUCGACGUCAUCAUCACCUCGGGCGGCGUCAGCAUGGGCGAACUCGACCUCCUCAAACCGACUCUCGAGCGCUCUCUCGGCGGUCACAUCCACUUCGGCCGCGUCGCCAUGAAACCAGGCAAACCCACAACCUUCGCCACCAUACCCACCAAAUCCUCUCUCGAUGGCUCCCGCAUCUCCACCGUUGUGUUUUCAUUGCCGGGCAAUCCUGCUAGUUGCGUGGUCACCUAUCACCUUUUCGUGCUACCUGCUUUGCAUAAGCUCGCUGGUGUGGAACCUCGGGGUUGUGCGAGGGUCAAAGUGUUGUUGGAUGGGGAUGUCAAGUUGGAUAAGCAACGGGAUGAGUUUCAUCGUGCGAUCGUCAAGGCUGGCGGGGAUGGUGUAAUGCAUGCUGUGUCCACUGGUGGGCAGAGGAGUUCGAGGAUUGGGAGUUUCAAGGGGGCGAAUGCGUUGUUGUGUUUGCCUGCUGGCGAGGGAGUAAUCAAGAAGGGAGAGAUGGUUGAGGCGUUAUUGAUGGGGAAGUUGGUCGGAGAUGUUUGA